AUGCUCUCCUCGGUUCGCGCAGGCGCCCGUCGCCUCCCUCGCCAUGUCACCAGGCUGCAGGCCGUGCGGCCCAUGGCGACGGCCUCGUCCGUCUUCCCAAACGAGCCUCCAAAGCCGGCCGUCCAGACAGCGAUUCCCGGGCCGCGCUCCAAGGCCGCGCUGGCCAAGCUGGAAAAGGUCUUUGACACGCGGAGCAUGAACUUUGUCGCCGACUAUGACAAGUGCCACGGAAACUACAUCGUAGACCAUGAUGGCAACGUUCUCCUCGAUGCAUUCGCCCAGAUUGCGUCCAUCCCUCUAGGCUACAACAACCCUCACCUGCUUGAAGUUGCCGACACGCCGCAGAUGAAGAGCGCCAUUGUCAAUCGUCCCGCCCUCGGCGCGUUCCCCUCGUCCGAAUGGGCCGACAUCCUCGAGACAGGCCUGCUGAAAGCCGCGCCCGCCGGCUUCACCCAGGUGCUCACGUCCAUGACGGGCUCCGACGCCAACGAGCUGGCUUUUAAAGCCGCCUUUAUCUGGCGCCGCACCCAGGAGCGCCGCGGCGCCGACUUCACCCCCGAAGAGCUCGCCUCCGUCAUGCACAACGCCGAGCCCGGCGCGCCCAAGUACUCCAUCCUCUCCUUCCACGGCGGCUUCCACGGCCGCCUCUUUGGCAGCCUGAGCACCACGCGCAGCAAGGCCAUCCACAAGCUCGACAUUCCCGCCUUUGACUGGCCGGCCGCGCCGUUUCCCCAGCUGCAGUACCCGUUGGAAGACCACGCCGCUGCCAACGCGGCCGAAGAGGAGCGCUGCCUUGCCGAGACGGAGCGCCUGCUGACGUCAUGGCCACAGCCCGUGGCCGCCGUCAUCGUGGAGCCGAUUCAGUCCGAGGGCGGCGACAACCACGCGUCGCCCGCCUUUUUCCGGCGCCUGCGCGAAAUCACCGCCGCCCACAAGGUGCUCCUCAUUGUCGAUGAGGUGCAGACGGGCGUCGGCGCCACCGGCCGCUUCUGGGCCCACGAGCAUUGGGAACUACCCUCGCCGCCUGACAUGGUGACGUUUUCGAAAAAGGCCCAGGCCGCGGGCUUCUACUACCGCGACGACGCCCUGCGCCCGGACAAGCCGUACCGCCAGUACAACACGUGGAUGGGCGACCCGGCGCGCGCCCUGCUGUUCCGCGGCAUCCACGACGAGGUGGCGCGGCUGGGCCUCGUGGAGCGCACCGCUCAGGUCGGCCGCUACCUGUACGGGAAGCUCGAGGCGCUGGCGGCGCGGUACCCGGGCGAGGUGCAGAACCUGCGCGGCAAGGGCCGCGGCACGUUUAUCGCGUUUGACAGCCCCCGGAGGGAGCACGUGCUGGCCAAGGCCAAGGCCAAUGGCUUGAAUAUCGGGGCGAGUGGCGACAGGGCGAUUCGUCUGCGGCCUAUGCUGGUGUUUGAGGAGAAGCACGCGGAUAUUUUGAUUGACAUCCUGGAGACUGCCAUUAAGAAGUAA